ACUGGGUGGACAUGAGUCUGAGUAAACUCUGGGAGUUGAUGAUGGACAGGGAAGCCUGGUGUGCUGUAGUCCAUGGGGUCGCAAAGAGUCGGACUUGACUGGGCGACUGAACUGAACUGAGGAUCACUUGCAGAUCUUUUCAAACUCUGACUCCUCAGAGGGAGGCCCGGGCAUCAAUAUGUUAAAGCUCGUCAGGUGAUUCCGGCAUGCAGCUACUGUGAAUCCCUACGAUGUCUCCAACGAGGGUCCUUCCAGUAGUACCAUGGAAGGCAGGCUCCUGUAUGCUCAAAAUGUCGGGAGUCCGCACUGCUGCCCAAUCAAAUACACGUAUAUCCUGGGUUCUUCUCUCUUAAGCAGAAAAAUGUGCACAUGCACAGCCCCAUCCUCGGACCCAAACUCUGCGUCUCUCCUGCCCAAACUUUACAACCAACAGUUAACAAACAACCUGAAGCAGAAACAAGGCCCUUCGAAGGGUCAGAAGACUAGAAGUCCUCAGGAGGGGUGAGUCCCAAGGCUGAGAGAGACAUAUUUCCUUAGGACGGUCCUCCCAUCGGAGGACCGGAGGGACGUGACAUCACACAUAAGCAGUACUUCCAGGGGGAACACAAGCCUCACAAGCAUACACGACCGGUUGCUUUUUCACGAUCAAGCUGCCGUCCUAGCACGGAGGAUUCGGUCCAGCGCCGCCAACUCGUCUCACACGGGUACGCUUGCGCAGAUCUUUGAGGUCAUAUUAAAGCGCUCCCACCGCUGAGACUUCUGGGAAAUGGAGUCGGCCAGGGCCAGGCUCUGGUCGGGAGCGUGGGCGUCAGAACUCUGCGCAGGCGCACUGCUCUCCCGACCCGAAGAGGCGCCGUCUUCCUGGGUCCCGAGCAGUCUGUGCAGGAGGACUCGGCUCUUCUCUGCAAGGAGAGCGCACUGGAGGGAAUGGCUGCUGUGUCUCUGACCAGAUGCCAGCAUCCUCCAAGCUGUUGUCAUGUAUGACAGUUUUGUCUGGUCCAUGUAAGAGAAGGAUUAUGAAUAAGGGAGAACAUGAUUGUGUUUCCAGGACCCAGUGACAUUCGAGGAUGUGGCCAUAGUUUUCACAGAUGAAGAGUGGAGGCAUCUGGUCCCUACUCAGAGGGACCUCUACAAGGAGGUGAUGCUGGAGAACUACAAGAGCAUCGUCUCAUUGGGGCUUCCAAUACCUGGACCUGAUGUGAUUUUUCAGUUGAAGAGAGGGGAUGAGCCUUGGCUAGUGGAGUUUCAUGGAUUUGAGGGGAAAGAAGGUGCAGAGAAUGUCUCUUUAGAUUGGGAGACUAAGCCUGAGUUUCAAGGUGCUUCAGAAGAAGAAAAAUUAGAAGGAUCAUUGAAGGAAAAGCUUGGAAGAAAAGGUUCUCCAUCUCCUAAAUUUGAAGUUUAUGCACUGGAUGGCAGGUUGGGAACAGAGAAGGAAAGCCCUACAGUUGAGGCCUGCAAGAAACCCCCUUCUCUGGAGGAAAGCUUGCGGCACAGGGCAACCCCUCCCAAGAAAAUUCUCACUAAAGAGAGAGACCAGGAAUGCAGCAACUGUGGUAAGACCUUUUUUGACCACUCCUCCCUCAUCCGCCAUCAGAGGACUCACACUGGUGAGAAGCCCUAUGACUGUCCCGAGUGUGGGAAGGCCUUCAGCCACAGGAGCAGUCUCAGUAGACACCUGAUGUCGCAUACAGGAGAGAGCCCCUACGAGUGCAACGCCUGUGGGAAAGCUUUUUUCGACCGUUCGUCCUUGACUGUACAUCAGCGAAUUCAUACUGGAGAGAAACCCUUCAAAUGCAGUGAGUGUGGAAAAGCCUUCUUUGACCGCUCGUCCCUUACCCGCCACCAGAGGAUCCAUACUGGAGAAAGUCCUUAUGAAUGUAACCAGUGCGGGAAAGCCUUUAGCCAGAAAAGUAUUCUUACGCGACACCAGCUAAUCCACACGGGCCGGAAGCCGUAUGAAUGUAAUGAGUGUGGGAAAGCCUUCUAUGGGGUCUCGUCACUGAACAGACAUCAGAAAGCCCAUGCUGGAGAGCCUCGCUACCAGUGCAGUGAGUGUGGGAAGGCUUUCUUUGACCGCUCCUCCCUGACUCAGCACCAGAAGAUUCACACUGGAGACAAGCCAUAUGAAUGCAGUGAAUGUGGGAAAGCCUUCAGCCAGAGGUGCCGGCUCACACGACACCAGAGAGUUCACACAGGAGAGAAGCCGUUUGAAUGCAGUGUGUGUGGGAAAGUCUUCAGUUCUAAAUCAUCAGUUAUUCAGCAUCAACGGCGUUACGCCAAACAGGGAAUAGACUGAGUGGAGCGAAAACUUUAGUCCAAGGACCUCCACGAAAACUCAAGACCCCUCUUAAAUCCAUCACCUGGUCAUCACACCUAUGCUGGCUACCCCCUCCUUUUUCUGCCUCUCUGCACCCACAGUGUUUGAAGGAACACUGUCCACCCACUGUGUUACAGAGUUGAUGUGGGAUGCCAGAAAUUAGCAUGUGACUUUAAAGAGUCAGCAUCCUGAAGACAUUUGUCAGACACUAGGGACAAAGGUUAGGAGGCAAUCCUCAGACAAACAUCUUGUCCGAAGCCCCAGGCAUCAGUGCACUUUAUGUAACUGGAGGCCACAGCUGGACAGGAAAGGCACACUUAUGUCAGAGCAGCACUGUUGUUUCCAGAAGUUCUUUUUUUAUAGCCGUUAGUCCCUCUCUCUCUCGGAGGAUUUUGGGCACUGACCUUGUCCUGUUGUGUGCCAGCAUCUAGAUCUCUUAAUACUACUACUAGUAGCUAGCACUUAUUGAGCGCUUAUUAUGGAGUAAGCACUCAGCUGAGAGUUUUGCAAGGAGUAAAUCAUUUGGUCCUUUCAACAACCCUCUGAAGUAGGUACUGUUACUCCCCACAAUUUACAGACGAGCAAACUGAAGUUUAAAGAGAUUAAAUAACUUGUCCAACGUAACGGCUAGUACAGGGAAAGUCAGGUCUUGAAUACAGGGCUCCCUUCAAAAUCUCUUUACCAUGAGGCUAUAAGGUUUGCUUUAUAAUUUAUGUAUGUGUAUUAUCUGCUAAACUAGAUUGUACACAGAGGCCUGACUUACAUGUCUUUGUAUCUCACACAGUGCCUUGCAAAUAGGUGCUCAAUAAAUAUUUAUCUGAAUUAAUAA